CGUUGACAUCCAUUGCGACAGACUCAACAGACGGCAGCAUCUCAUCAAAUUCUUGAAGAAAAUAUUUCAUUUGGUUUAAAGACCUCCUAUUUAUUACGCUAUACGACCAAUUUGCGACAGUUUCGCCAAACUCUGGAUAUUUAGGCUUCUUGCUCAUCGACUCUUGCCUUCGCGUUUCAUCACCACCGUUCUCCCAAUCUCACCAACCCAUCUUCUUCUACCGCGAAAAUGGCGGCGUCUUUUGUUCAGGUUAUGCCAGAGCACUGGACGGAGCUGAAUGUGGCAAGAAAACAACGGGAUCAGUGUGCCAAAGACGUGGACGUGCUGAAGCAAGCCUGCGAAAAAGACUGUGGCAAAAGCCAUGUGGUGGAAUGCGACGACUGUUAUAUCAAAGUUUUGGAACGAAUGCGACAAAGAUAUGGCGAAAGCUCCGAAAGAGAGUGGUUUUCACAAAGAGGAAUGUUUCUCCAGGAGAUGGAUGACUUGUUCACAGAGGCCAAGAAGAAAGUAGUCAGCCUUAAGACGAUAGAGGCCAGUAUUGAGUCUGAAAAAGAAGCUUGGUAUCGCUGGGUGCUGCGCAGAUAUCCAGAAUUCCUGGAAGUCUCUGGAGAUAGUCUCCCUGAUGAAGAGCUGCGAGGCAUGCUGGACGACCCGGACCGUAGCCGUGAUGAACUCGUUGCGAUGAUGUGGCGCGGCGUAGGCAAGCCGGCACAAUGGUCUGAGAAUGUGGAUAGAUUUUUGGAAAGAAUAUCAGCGGCAGCAAGCGAUGGUGCAGAGCUGAAGAAGGUAUACGCAGCCGAAUUCUUUACCGAUAUCAACAGCGGCAACACGCUGGAGCAUGCGCAGCCAUACCUCGACGAAUACAUGUCGCUGGAAGGCGAAUCUGCCCUGGGCGAUGUCAUUGGAAAAAUUUCACAAGAAAAUCAGCACAACCGCAGUACACAGCCUCAGAGAGAUAGCCAGGCUCGCCGCCUUGACGAGCUUCGCCGCGCUAAGACCGCGAUGGAACAGAACAAGGUGCGCUUAAAGGGAGCGGCCAAUACUGGUGUUGUGGUCAAGGAAGAGCUGUACAAUUUGCCACCAUGCUCCAAUUGCCAAAAGGAAGUGCCUGCGCAGGACGUAAUCUCCUGCUCACUGUGCCAGGUUGCGACGCAAGUAGGCGGCAAGGCUAGCUUAACCGCCUUUUGCUCCGAAGGCUGCUAUCAGGAUGGACAGGAAACACAUGUGGAAAAGAGCCAUCCUUGCGAUGCAGGCGACAAAUGCGCACAACUGCUAGAUGAGGAUGUCGACAUGGAUGAGGACAAUAGAGAGCCCGCCGUGUGUAUAACGGGGAACAAGGUCACGCUCUUUUGCACAGAGAAAUGCGGUAAGCAAAACGCUGGCAGCAUAGACGGACUGGCUAGUGAUGCCCAGUCAUCCAUGCUGCCGCUCCGGGAAGCUGUGAAUAAGAUGAUGGAGGAGGAAAACAAGGGACUUGCAUUUACCACGUUGUAAGAAAAAGCAUUAAUUAUGCGGAAAAGGUUAUUAAAGCUUGAUUAGUAUGUCGGGAGGCGCAUGGGACUAUGGCGUUGAUUAGAUGUACAUUUUUAUACCCUUUGGAGUUUGAGGCGAGAGGGCCUAACGACUGCCAUACAGACAACCUGUGGCAUCAUAUACAUGGUAUUGAUAUUUCAAGACAAUAAAAGUAUCCUAUCCAUAC